AUGAAUGUUGUUUAUAAAAAUGAACGUCAACGAGAUAGCCUUGAAAGUAACGCACAUUUUUUAUCGAAUUCAUCAAAAAUAAAUAAUAAAAUUCCGGACUUGGAGGAAACUACUAAAAAACUGUUACAAUUGGAAUUGGAUUAUAAUUAUCAGAUAACGCAAAUCAAUGGACAAAGAAAAUUUGGACCACCUUUGAAUUGGACCGGUCCAGCUCCUGAUCCAAAAUGUGAGGUGUUCGUAGGUCGAAUACCACGUACAAUUUUCGAACCUGAUUUAUAUCCGAUCUUCAGUCUGAUUGGACGUAUUUAUGAAAUUCGUUUAAUGAUGGAUUUCUCAGGAAUGAAUCGUGGGUUUUGUUUCAUAAUGUAUACCAAACCGGAAGAUGCAUAUCAUGCUGUUAAGGAGCUGAAUUAUUAUGAAAUUUGUCCUGGUCAUAGAAUAGGUGUCGUUAAUAGUAUUAACCAUUGUCGUUUACUAAUUAAACAAUUACCUUUGAAUAUCAAAGCUGAAGAAGUAGUUCAGCGAAUUUAUGAUACCACGGAUGAAGUUAAGGAAGUAUUAGUUUAUCGUAACUAUAAUGAACCAGAAUGUUACGCAAUAAUAAAUUAUCAAACUCAUAGAGGAGCCGCAAUAAGUAGAAAACGAUUACUACCCUUAACAUCUUCUCUAUUUUCUAAUAGUAAAGUUAUUGUUGAUUGGGCAAAUCCUACUUUCCGUCCGACAGACGUGGUAAGUAUACUUGAAGUAUUCUGA